AUGGUGUUCAUGAUGCUAAACUCACCCGCCGUCACCCUGGCGACUUUCGUCACCGUCCUAUUGGUCCUUGUUACGGCGUCGGAUGGGAGGGUUAUGAUGGUGGGGGAGAAGACGGACAUGGGAGACGUGAGGAGGAACAAGGAGGUGCAGGAGCUGGGGAGGUUUUCUGUGGACGAGUACAACGAGAGAGUCGGAGUAGUUGUAGUGUCACCAAAAGACGCCGUUUUUGCCGGAGGUGACUGCCAGAACGGAGUCCUAGGAGGACGGAAGAAGAAGGUGGAGUUCAUGAAGGUGGUGGAGGCAAAGAAGCAGGUGGUGGUUGGGACGAAGUAUUACCUGAAGAUAUGGGCUGUGGAUGAGAAGGGACGUUACAGAGAGUUCGAUUCGGUGGUGGAAGUGAAGCCAUGGCUGACUCAGAAUGCUAAGCAGUUACUUAGCUUUGCUCCUUCUCAUACUAAAAGAGAUCAGAAAGUUAAAGAUGAUGAAGAUGAUGAUGUUCUUAGUGAUGAAUCUGCGUUGAAUAAGAAGCUUGUCUCAAGUAUGUAG